AUGGAUCUUAAAGCAUGUCUGGAACACUUGCCUGAACCUGCAAAGAGAAACGUCUUGAUGUGGUGUCCCUACUCAUCAGUGAUUGCUCUUGGAAAGACAUGCACAGCAUGGCGAGAAUUCAUCCACAUUCCCAAUCAAAAUCUGCCGAUUAAAAGAAUCAUGGUGAAAUUUGGGGAAAAUUGCUCCCGUUUACAAGUCGGAUCGAGCUUCGCUUCAGGAAAAAAUCAAAAUUCCAACUUGCUCUCAGUGCAAUAUCAACUCGUUGGGGGAGGUUGUGCUGUUAUUUAUGAGAAUUCUCUGUCCAGAGGACAAAAGAAGCUUGAAAGCGAAGAUUAUCAAGAUCUCUUCAAAGAAGACUUGAAGAUAUUGAGAAAACUGCUUGGAAACUCAAUACUGGAAUACUUUGAGGUGGACUGUGAAACUUUCCAAUGUUCGAUGCAACGCAGGAACCUCAAGAACCAAUUCGAAAGUUUCCUGAAAACGAUCACGGACAUUUGGGCCUAUUCGAUUUUCAUGCUCUACAGACGCAUGAGAGUCAACUUGAAGGCUCGUCUCCGUCGCGCCAUUUUGAACAAGAAAACUCCAAUGGAAAUUGAAAAAAUUCUGUCGAGAUGGGAAUUUCAUGAAAAUCUCAAGUUCUACAGAAAAACUCUUGAGAAAUGGGAGAAAUCGUUGAGAAACGGAGGGAGUGACACUAGUGAAGAUGGCGAAAAUUUGGAAGACGAAGAUGGGACAGAGGAAAUGGAUUUUUCAUGUGAAACUGUCGAAAAUCAAGGAAUCGUCGCAUCUGAAGCUGAAGAUAGUCUUCGUGGACUACUUGAACUGCGCAAAAAAUAA